AUGAUUAUCUUUUUCCUAAUAAUUGGUGCUAGUGCAUUUAUCAAUGAUAUUUCAUUAUCUUAUCUCCCAACUCUCGAUCCAAAUAUUAUAUCAAAUGGCUCAGUAAUCGGUGACACAUAUCCCAAAGUUCUUUCUUUACCAGACAUAGAUUACAACUCAAUGCAAACAUUCUGAAUAUGGUCAAUCAGCAAUUCCUAUAACGUCACCAUCAUGAUAGAUUCUAUAGACUCAAAAACUGUAUUACCUUCUAUUAUCAAGCUCCCUAAUAAAAAUACCUCAAGCCAAGAGUCCAUGAUAUCAAUCAACGCAUCACCGACCCCAAAAGCUUUUACGAUUAACUUUGAUUGUAUAAAAGACGGUACAAGUGACAUUCUCUUAGACAUAAAACUAGAAAACCAGACCUAUGAGCUGGAAUUCUCAAAAACCUGCUACAGUGGGCUGAGAAAUGAUUUAUCAGUGCUCUUUAAUGGCGAAGAAGUGAUAUCUGAAGGAAUUACAAAUGACCAAUGGAUUGAUGGUAAAAAAGAAAUCACUGGAGACCUUUCUUUUAUCACAAAAAUCUCUAAAGGAAUCCAAAAAGUCGAAGAUAUAAAAAUUACCUCAAAUUCUGGAGUCAAGCUGUCAGGAUCUUUACCAAAAAGUGGCUAUAUUACUGCUGCAGAUUCUUAUUUAGAAUUAGAGUUCUCUGGAAAUGAUAAUGAAAUUGUCCACGUAAGGCUUGUUAUCCCCCCAUUUGACUCAGUAGGCUUUGCAUUUCGGCACAAUGAUAAAGCAGAAAGUAAUAUUUUGAACCUAAACAUCGGUUUUUCUCAAUAUGAUAAUGAUAUAAUGGAGUCAGGAAAACCGCUAUAUGGCUCUCCUUUUGAUAUUGACAGUUCUGUCCCUUCAACAUCUUUUUAUCUAUCAUCUUUUGACUAUAUAAAAUUAUCACCUCCAAUUAUAACAGCUGACACUGAAAUAAUGCAGCCUGAUAUUGUAUAUGAUUCGCUUAUUAUAAGCCCUAUCCACGAAAUAUUCAAGAUAAAUUACAGAUGUCUUAAUGAUGGAAGGUAAUUUUAAAAUAGCUCGCUGAUUACCUUGGUUUUUCAGCAAGAGCAGUCUAACUCUCCCCCCUCCGUAAGUGAACAAAACAAUUAGAAAAAUCCCCUAUUUUUUGCCCAAAAACCUCCGCGAAUGAACAAAAAUUUUUUAUUGGAAAAAUUUUUGAUAUAUAAAUGAUAUCAGCAUAAUGAAAUUAGAGUUAAUUCUGUUUAAUUUUAAACGAAUUGCUUUUUUAAAAAGAUUUUAUAGAUUAAAUUAAUAUUUGCUUUCCAAUUUUUGCGAAUUAGGAUUUUUUUAAAUUUCGAAAACAAAUAUUUUUUAUAAAAUUUAUAUAUAAAUGUUUUAAAAAAAAAAAUUAACCCCCCUCCGUGAGUGAACAAAAUUUUUUUGUUCACUCACGGAGGGGGGAGUAAAGCAGAAAUUUCUAUAUACAAGCACUGCAAGAAGUCACAAAUUAUUAUUGACUCUGAUUCUGGAAUUUUAAGCAAUUUAUAUUUAAUUUUAGGGAUCGCAGUAAUGUAUUUAAUUCUUGCGUUCUUGUGGUUUACAAUUAAAAGGAAGGCGAAAGGAGAACAUAAUACAGGAGAAGAUUUAGAAUUGAAGACAGUUUAA